CUCCAGAGAUAGUGUGGAAAAUCGCAGCUUGAACACCAAGGAAAAGUGCUUGUUCGAUAUUGUGGAAAAUUGUAGCUUGAACACCAAGUUAGGAACAGUGCUUGGUCUCCUCUCUCUAUAUAUAGAGCAGUUAGCCAAGUUAAGAAACACUUAAAAUAUUCACAAAAUUUAAACUGUGGUGGAAAGAGUUGCAGAAAAUGAUGAUGGGAGAACUGUGGUCUCAUGCAGGCUCAAUCAUGGGGAGUUUGGUGUUCAUUUAUGCCAUGUUUAAACAGUUUUUCCCUUAUCAACUUCAAGACUAUUUCGAAAAAUAUUUCAAAAAACUUGUGAGUUUGGCAUAUCCUUAUGUUGAAAUCAGCUUUGAUGAAUUCACUGGGGAACGGAUGAAGCGCAGUGAGGCCUACUCUGCAAUUAAAACUUAUCUGAGCGGUAAGUCUUCGGCGUCUGCUAAGCGGCUUAAGGCUGAUGUUGGCAAAGAUAGCCAGUCUGUAGUCCUUAGUAUGGAUUAUAAUGAAGAAGUCAUUGAUGAGUUUCAAGGGGUCAAGGUUUGGUGGUCUGCAAUGAGAACUCUUCCGAAAACACAGCGAAUUUCAUGGUAUCCCGCUGAUGAUGAAGUGAAGUAUUACAAGCUCACAGUCCACAAACGCCAUAGAGAACUAAUCACCGAGUCUUAUGUUAGUCAUGUGUUAAAAGAAGGAAAGGCCAUUGCAACGAAGAACCGGCAGCGAAAGCUCUACUCUAACAAUCCUAGUGGUAAUUGGUAUGGAUACAAAGGAAGCAAGUGGAGCAAUGUAGUGUUUGAGCAUCCUUCAACGUUUGAUACUUUGGCAAUGGAUGCAAAAAUGAAAGAGGAAAUCAAGAAUGAUCUCAUCAAGUUUAGCAAAGGGAAAGAUUACUAUGCUAGAAUUGGAAAGGCAUGGAAGCGUGGAUAUCUCCUUUAUGGUCCUCCAGGAACUGGCAAAUCAUCCAUGAUUGCAGCCAUGGCAAAUCUUCUGGAUUAUGAUGUUUAUGAUCUCGAACUUACUGCAGUCAAGGAUAACACAGAGUUGAGAAGGCUUUUGAUUGAUACCUCGAACAAGUCAAUUGUAGUGAUCGAGGAUAUCGAUUGCUCUCUUGAUCUUACUGGCCAAAGAGAGAAGAAGAAGAAGGAGGAAGACAACGACGAUGAAUUGGAUCCGGUUGCAAAAAAGGCAAAAGAAGAGGAGAAAAAAGAUAGCAAGGUUACUUUAUCAGGGCUUUUGAAUUGUAUUGAUGGUCUUUGGUCGUCAUGUGGAGGCGAAAGAAUCAUUAUUUUUACUACUAAUUAUGUGGAGAAGCUUGAUCCAGCUCUAAUAAGAAGAGGAAGAAUGGACAAGCACAUAGAAAUGUCCUAUUGUUGCUUUGAUGCAUUCAAGGUACUGGCAAAGAAUUACUUGGAGAUUGACUCUCAUCCAUUGUUUGGAGAAAUUGACAGAUUGUUGGGAGAAACGAAAAUGACUCCUGCUGAUGUUGCAGAGAAUUUGAUGCCAAAAUCAGAUUAUGACAACGAGAAGACUUGUUUGGAGAGAUUCAUUGAAGCUCUUAAGGUUGCAAAGGAGGAAGCAAUUAAGAAAGAGGAGGAAGAAGCUGGUGCAAAGGCGGAGAAAGAAGAAAAAGAAAAGGAACAAUCUGCUAAAGAUGUCAAAGAGUUGAAAGAGAAUGGUGUGGCAGCCGAAGAAGUGAAAGAAAAUGGUGUUGCAGCAAAAGAAGUGAAGGAAAAUGGUGUUGCAGCAGAAGAAGUGAAAGAAAAUGGUGUUGCAGCCAAAGAGGUGAAGGAAAAUGGUGUUGCAGCCAAAGAAGUUAAAGAAAAUGGUGUCAUCCAUUAAUCAAUGACGUACAUCUUUGUUUGCAUUUGAAGCUACUUGUAUUGCUUUGUGUAAUGCUAUUCAUGUUGCUAUUUGGAUUGUGUACUCAAUUUGAUUGUGAAAUAAGAAUUACUAGGUAAUAUGUUCAAAGAUUUGGCGAUUUCCCAUCUUUUCCUAUUGUAAAUCAAUAUUGCUAGUUAUAUUGUGAAACAGAAGUUCAGUUUGUGUAUGGGGAAUCUUUGGUUGUUGUUAAGAUAAAAGGAUGCAAACAAGUUCAAUCUUUCCCAAGUUGUUAUUUCAGACAAAACCCAUUGGUUGAGGAGUUUGGCUUGUCUAGUGGGACAUUAAAAUCGUAUGAUCUAUUCAUUGAUGACUUUCUGCUCUUUUCCCAUUUUCAUGGUAACCACCCCAAUUCUCCUUCCUUGUUUUUGGAACAAAAUAGCAAUCCAGAUGGCUACAACAUUCUAAUUAAUCAGAUCUUUUCCAAAGGAAUGUUGACUUACCUAAUUUCUAAGUAUCAAUGGCGGCAAUUUCCUUGACUUAUAGAUUUCUAGUUCGAAUCUUUGCACUCAACUUGACAUUAAAAA